AUCAGCGGCCCAAAGUGAAGCACCCCAAAAUGUCUCUACGUGUUAUCUACGCUCAUCACAAAACGACAGUCAAUCUCAACCACUAGAUAGACUACUUUAAUUCCGAGCAAUGCAUUCUCACCGUCGAUCUUGCAUACUAACGUCCGCGAUGGCAGGGAACUUUUUCCUACCUGCAUAAUCUCUCGCUCUCGUCCAUAGCCCGAUUCAGUGACUGCAUCGAGGUUCCUCUGCAACAUCUUCCCAUGGCACCCAUUAGGGGCAUCCUUUCUCUUAAAAGGGUAGCUUUGGCUCGGCAUCACAAUCAGAAGUGGACAACUUGCUUCAGAUCAUUUAGCACUCAGGGCCCAACAACUCCUAGCACCCAGGGUACAGCAACUCCCAGCACCCCUCAACCGCCACCACCUCCCCCACCGCCUGAGAAAACUCAUUUUGGAGGCUUGAAAGAUGAAGACAGGAUUUUUACCAACGUGUAUGGGUUGCACGACCCUUUUCUCAAAGGGGCUAUGAAAAGAGGUGAUUGGUAUCGAACCAAAGAUUUAGUACUUAAGGGUGCUGAUUGGAUUGUUAAUGAAAUGAAGAAGUCCGGCCUUCGUGGACGUGGUGGUGCUGGUUUUCCAUCUGGUCUUAAAUGGUCUUUUAUGCCAAAAGUUUCUGAUGGUCGUCCUUCCUACCUUGUUGUUAAUGCUGAUGAAAGUGAACCUGGAACCUGUAAAGACAGAGAGAUUAUGAGGCAUGAUCCGCACAAACUAUUAGAGGGUUGCUUGAUUGCUGGUGUGGGGAUGAGGGCUACUGCUGCUUAUAUCUAUAUAAGAGGUGAAUAUGUGAACGAGCGCAAGAACCUUGAAAGGGCCAGAAAAGAAGCUUAUGAAGCUGGGCUGCUGGGAAAGAACGCAUGCGGAUCUGGCUAUGACUUUGAUGUUCAUAUCCAUUAUGGUGCUGGUGCUUAUAUUUGUGGUGAAGAAACAGCACUUCUGGAGAGCCUUGAAGGGAAACAAGGGAAGCCCAGAUUGAAGCCUCCUUUCCCAGCUAAUGCAGGUUUAUAUGGAUGCCCCACAACUGUUACAAAUGUUGAAACUGUAGCUGUUUCUCCAACCAUUUUAAGGCGUGGGCCAGAGUGGUUUGCCAGUUUUGGGAGGAAGAACAAUUCUGGGACAAAAUUGUAUUGUGUGUCGGGACAUGUCAAUAAGCCUUGCACUGUUGAAGAGGAGAUGAGUAUACCCUUGAAAGAGUUGAUAGAGAGGCACUGUGGGGGUGUUAGAGGUGGAUGGGACAAUUUACUUGCUAUAAUUCCAGGUGGCUCAUCUGUCCCACUUCUUCCCAAGCACAUUUGUGAUGAUGUUCUCAUGGAUUAUGAUGCACUCAAGGCCGUCCAAUCAGGACUGGGAACUGCAGCUGUUAUUGUGAUGGAUAAGUCAACUGAUGUUGUGGAUGCAAUUGCAAGACUCUCGUACUUCUACAAGCACGAGAGUUGUGGCCAGUGCACACCCUGCAGGGAGGGAACAGGAUGGCUUUGGAUGAUCAUGGAAAGACUGAAAGUUGGGAAUGCUAAUUUGGAAGAGAUCGACAUGCUUCAGGAGCUCACCAAGCAGAUUGAAGGGCACACAAUCUGCGCAUUGGGCGAUGCUGCUGCUUGGCCCGUUCAGGGUCUUAUUAGGCAUUUUAGGCCAGAGCUUGAGAGAAGGAUCAGAGAGCGUGCAGAGAGGGAAUUGCUGGAGUCUGCCGCUGCUUAGUUGUCUCACAGGAAAAUUCCUACAUCGGUGAAACUCGCAGGAGAAAGGAAAGCUAAAUAAAAAGAAAAGAUGAGUGCUCCAGAUUGCUGAAGAUUAGGCGACUCAGCUAUUUUAUUUGUUUUUCAGCUGUAUCAAGCAUGACUUCAUUGCCGUCCUGAUGAAACUAUGAUUUACUCGGGAUUUUCUGGUUGAGCUUAUACCGUUUGAUGAAUUUUGUUAAUAUCUGUAUUUUGUCAUUUAUGUGACACGAACUAUCUAUUUGUGCUUUAUCAAUAAAAAAACCAUACUCGUCCCUUCAAUCA